CGUAAGUUUAAAUCAGUCAUGUGUUAUAUUUAACAAGGAACAAUAAAUACGUGGAACCGGCCAUGUUGAAUUGUGAAGCGAUGUUAUUCAUCAAUAGUUGGACACUAAUUAGAACAAUGUUUCCCUGAUCAUGGACCCUAGGCACAGUCUCCAAGAUGUUGUAUACUGCACCUUGUGUCAGACUUCUAUAGCCCCAAUGUGCUGUGAAGUUUGUCAUAUACAUCUGUGUAAAGACUGCGUAGAGAAACAUUUAUCUGAUUCUUCUAACGUUCAUAAGGUGGUGUCACUUAAACAAUACUUAAAUACUUUGAACUAUCCUAAAUGUGUAAUACACCCUACCAAACAAUGUGAACUCCACUGUGAACAAUGUGACAUCCCCAUUUGUGUACAAUGUAUUUCGUCUGGAAAACAUUUAGGACAUAAACAAAUUGAUAUUUUAAAAACAUUUGAAAACAAAAAGCAAGACUUACAGAGAGAUUUGAAAGAAUUAGAGACAAUUAUUUAUCCUAAAUAUAAAGAGAUGAUAUCUAGUAUCCCAGUUCAGAAAGCCGAUCUAAAUAAAAACUCCAACGAAUUGGCAACUUCUCUUCACAAACAAGGAAAUAUCUGGCACAUGGAAAUAGACAUCAUUAUCAAAAACCUGAUAUCUAAUGUGGAGAAAAUGGAAUCUAGACACCUAGAUGUCCUUAAUAAACAGGAAGAUGAAAUUACACGCACCAUUGCUGAAAUCACACAGAGCAUUGAUGAACUAAAGAAGUUAAUGAACUCCAAAGAUGUCUACCUUGUCUCCGAGUACAAAUCCAGGAAUGCGGAAUUCAGAAGACUGCCUCCCAAACUUAAAGUGUUGUUCCCAAACUUCAUGCCUAAAGAAAUUCACAGAGAACAGUUAAUUGAACAGUUUGGUUCUCUGUCAGAACUAUCUUGCAAAACAGUGGAACAAGACUACAGCAUACUGGCCCAGGGAACCGAGUCCUCUCCCCCAGACCGGUCAUUGAUGGUUGUACCCCGGGUCAUUACAGAUAUAAAAACAGAAUAUACAAGAUUAUACGGCGUAAAUUGUUUCAAUGAUGCAGAGAUUUGGACGUGUGGUAAUAACAGCAUGAUAAAACUAUACAACCAUCAGGGGGAACAAGUGAAGUUAUUCCAGACCGAGUCAGGAAAGAUAGCAGAUGACAUAGCAGUGACAAAAAAUGGGGAUCUAGUUUAUACUGACUACAUUGAUAGCACUGUGAACGUAGUGAAGAAUACACAAAUACAAACAGUGAUCAGACUACAAGGAUGGAGACCUCUGGGUGUAUGUAGUACUUCCUCUGGUGAUCUUUUGAUUGUCACAGUCGCUGAUGAUAAUAAACAAGCAAAAGUUGUGCGUUUCUCUGGUUCAUUACAGAAGCAAACUAUUCAAUACAAUGACAAAGGACAACCUCUUUAUUCAUAUGAUGUCAUUAAAUACAUCAGUGAAAACUGUAAUCUAGAUGUAUGUGUAUCUGACAAUGGGACCCGGGCUGUUGUGAUAGUCAAUAAAGCCGGGAAACUUCGGUUUUCCUACACUGGUACUCCUUCUACUACUAAGAAGCAAUUUGAUCCACGUGGCAUCACAACAGACAGCCAGGGUCGGAUCCUGAUAGCCGACUCCAACAACCAGUAUAUCCACAUUCUGAAUCAGGACGGACAGUUCCUCCGCUACAUUGACAAUUGCGAUUUACGAUAUCCAUGGGGUUUAUGCGUAGACUCAAGAGACAACCUGUUUGUGGCUGAGUGUAGAACAGGUAGAAUAAAGAAAAUAGAAUACAGCAUGUAGACAAACUCUAUGUAUACGACGGUUGCCCCAAACUAGCGUAGACAAGCGGCGUUAUUCAGUUAAUCGAAGACACAAAGUGAGGAAACUUGUGCAACAAAGGGUUCAAGUAACUUGCAAACAAAUUAUAAAUUUUGUAAAUAUUGUUUACAUGUAAGAUUAAAUGAGUGAAAAGCAUACCUUUUCAAUAAAAAGAACUCCGCAAAUUUACGUAAAAACGCAUUUAAAUUUGUUAAUUAUUAUUUUAUUCUGCCAGAAAAUGUUUUGACCAUAAGAAAACUUUUAAAGAUUUUAUAGGGCUUUUUGUGGCACGUUGAAGUGCUAACACACAACAAAUUGACGACGUCGGCGUUUAAGGCAGCGCAGCAGCAACUGGUUAAAUUCUGUAAAGACCUUAAAACAAACCCUAAGAUGCCUUUGAAAUAUAUAGAAUUAACAAAAUCGCUUAGAAAUGCAUUUUGUGAAUUAGAAGAUUUUCAAAAUUGAAAAUAUUUAGUAGAGUAAGAUGACAAUAAGUGAAAAAAGAAACUCGACCGAUAGAAAUAGACGUCAAACUUCUGAACGACACAUUUCGGCAAGACGGACAGUAAACAAAUAAUACAUGGCAAAACUGGGGUCAGCAGAUCGUUUGUACUUAGAAAAUAUUUUAAAAAGCAAAACUAGAAUUGUAUAUUGAGUGUGCACUCACGAUACACGUUUAUUGUUUAAAGAAAAUAUUUUUUUCCAAGACAUUUUCGGAAAUAAAAAUUAAAUUAUAUUUUGAACGAUGUGUUAGUUAGUUUAUCUAUGAGGACAAUCUGUAGGUUUAUAUACAUGUAUAUAUGUGGCAAGUAAACAUCUGAUAUAUAUAGUUCAUUUAACUGUGCUUGUAUAUUUUGAAUAACAAAUAUGAUCAUGACUAUGUUUUAUCUAUUUCAUUUUUUACAAUACAAUAGGAUACAGAACAUAUAAUGAAUAUUACAUGCAACCAGAAUGGCUCUGCAUUUAAUACCCACGAUAAUGUACGUAUUAUAAGAGGGUUAACGAAGUCUUUAACAGCAAUAGAGCGAGACCACAAAAGGGAGAGAGGUCCAACAAUACUUAAUAGGACUGGUAGAGAUGUGUUACAACGUAACUCAUUUGAUUUUCUACCACAAUUAAAAUUGUUUUGAUUAUAGUUUUUACUAAGUAGACUUACAUAAUUUAUAUUCUGAUUUAAGAAUGGAAGUAGCUACGCGAUUUCAUUUUGUUAUAAACGUUUCCGGAUAUAUGUAAAAUAUUAGUGUGUGUGUGUGUGUGUGUGUGUGUGUGUGUGUGUGUGUGUGUGUGUGAUUGUGUGUGUGCAACAUCAGUGUGAUACAAGUUAAGAAAGAGGAAGGACAUGAUCUUUCCUUCAGCAACCUUAGUUAAGUUUGUAAAUAGUUAACGUGGUUAAUCUUGUUAUAUUUUUUGUAUUAUUAUAUACAAUUUCAGAGAACCAAUAAGGAUUGUUUUUUAUGUAUUCUUGUUGACGUUUUAAAGGGGCAUGGUGACGAUUUUGGUCAAAUUUUCUUUUUCUUUUUUUAUUAUUUACAAUGCUUUAUGAAUGCAUUUCUAAUGAUCAAUGAAAUUUGGGUGCCCGGCAUUGAGCUUUAAGCCAGAUACAGGGUUCACAAUUCUUCGUCAUGUAAACAAGGCUCGUGCCCUGUUUUUGUUUACAUAGGUUCAAUAUACCAGUAAAAAUCUUUUUCAAGAUGAUUUGUCUAUACUCUUAUUCAUUUUAAGCAUAAAUAAACAGUUCCUAACGAUGAACACAUUCAUUUUAGGUCUAAAACUGGAAUUUACACUUCAACAUUCAAAAUGUAAACAAAAACUUUGUUUACAUGGCAAGGAAUUGUAAGUUCUGUAACUCGCUUAUAACUCGACAAAUGACACUCAAAUUUCGGUUGCCCAUUAAAAAUGCCUUACUGAAGCAUUAAAAACAUUAAAGUUGAUAUAAUAUUUUUUAACCAAAAUCGUGACCAUGCCCCUUUAAAGUGACUUAGACAUUUUACUUUAUGUUAGGUUGAUCUUAUCGGUAUUGUUACUCAAUACCUUUAAUUACUUUUUAAUUAACAAGUUACAAAUUAAUCAUCUGAAAAACUUAUUUGUUUUUUAUAUUUAACAAAAUUAAUUCAAUAUAUAGAAUUUGAAAGAUGUUAGUGUGAAUAUAUUAUUUUUUAUUAUUCCAGAAAUACACUUAUAAACGACUAUAUUGCCAUAGAGAGGUCCUAUUCUGUUUUAUUACAGGUAUAAUUGUCUAAAACACGUUCAAAUCAAUUUUUUUUACUCAUUUGUCUUAAACAUAUUCAAAUCAAAUGUUUACAUUUUGGUAAAUAAAUGCUAUGACAUGGGGAAUAACUCUAGGAUAGUAUACAUAAUUGAAGAUUACAUGAAAGUUUAAGGUGGUAUGAGACACCUCCAUGUUGUGACGUAUUGUUUAUUGUAAUAAACAAAAAAAUUAAAGAAUAAUUAUAUCAUUUGUUUCUUUCACAGUACUGUUAUCUUACAGCGCAGUGGGCUAGCGGGUUAACUACUGAUCUGUACGUCAUGAGUUAGAAUCCAUCUGGUGACUUGAUAAAAUUUUUACCUUUACAAAACUUUUUAAAACGUGUUUUAUUGGUGAAAUAUUGUGAAAUUUGAAAAUUCUAAAUCAAUUAAAGUAGUUUAAUAAUAAUGUUUAACUAUCGACAGAUAUCUCAUACCACCUUAAUUAAAUUGAAACUGAUCGAUUAUACCUGAAAUCUUAUAUCAAUAAUGUAACUUAGUAAUAUGUCUGUAUAUCUAUAGGGUGAUAUUUAAUUCAUACCUAUAUUGAAUAAACCAUACCAUUGAACCAA